CAGCGUUCCAUAUUUUAAAUAGUAGCGGAUGUAAACAAUUGUCAGUCAGUGUCAAAAAUCUCGUCGGAGAGGAUCCGUGUCCCUAGUGUCUGCGGCCGAAACCGAAUACUCCUUGAGCUUCGGGAACCAUGAAGCCCCGAUGGAAUCUUGUGGUCACCCUCGGCAUAUUGCUACAAAUUGCCACUUUAGCCAAUGCUAAAGCCAUUAUCGACCAGAAUGCCGAGGAAACGCACAACAGCAAUGUACAGGAAGCAGCGGUAGGUGUCCAGAAGCGCAUUGGUUACGAAUAUCCGGUGCCUGCCGCACCCAUCACCUUUGAUGAGCACCACCAUCACGAGGAACCCGCUGUAGAAAAUCUUGAGGUGCAACCUCUGGUGGACCCGCACGCGCACCACCACGAGGAAACGAUAAUCGAAGACCAUCACCACCACCAUCACGAGGAGCAACCCGAUCCAGGGUUCUGGAAGAAGAAGCUUAUCUGGAAGGAGGGCUGGAAGAAAAUCUGGAAGCCAAGCAAAAAACAGAUCUGGAAACCGGACUGGAAGAAGAUCUGGAAGCCCAUCUGGGUGCCAACGCAGAUCCCAGUUUGGAAAGAUAUUCAGGUCCCAGCCUGGAAACAAAUCUGGAAGCCAGUUUGGAAGGAAAUACAGGUUCCGUCUUGGAAAGAAAUCCAAGUGCCGGAUUGGAAAAAGAUCUGGAAACCAAUUUGGGUCCCAAUAAAGGUCCCCGCCUGGAAGGACAUUCAGGUCCCGGCGUGGAAGCAAAUCUGGAAACCAGUGUGGAAGGAAAUACAGGUGCCCGAUUGGAAGGAAAUCCAAGUGCCAGCGUGGAAACAGGUUUGGCAUCCGUCGUGGGUGAAGGUAGGCAUUCCAGGCGAGAAGUAUUUGGGUAAGGAUCAUGAUGGAUGGGAAUACACCAGCCACGAUCUGUGGAAGAAAAAACUGGUGUGGAAAUCGGCGUGGAAGAAGAUCUGGAAAACGCAACAGAAGCAAAUUUGGCGAACGGAGAAGAAACUUGAAUGGAAGGAGGCAUGGAAGCAGAUAUGGAAACCAGGCAAGAAGCAAAUUUGGGUCGAAGAUAAGAAACUGGCGUGGAAGGAAGCUUGGAAGCAAGUGUGGAGAACUGAAAAGAAACAGAUUUGGGUUCCAGAGAAGAAGCUCGAUUGGAAGGCUGCCUGGGUCCAGAUUUGGAAGCCAAGCAAAAAGCUGACCUGGGUUCCAGACAAGAAACUUGAAUGGAAGGAAGCUUGGAAACAAAUUUGGGUUCCUGGAUGGAAGGAAACCUGGGUCCCUGCUUGGAAGCAAAUCUGGAAACCGGUGUGGAUCUCCGAGUGGUUCCCUUCACCGGAUCCACAUGAGCACCACCAUCAUCACGAAAUCGAGCACGGCUGGGAUCGUAAAGAUACAGCCGGCACGAAAGUAGUGUUUAAGCGAAGUGACUCCACUUCCGCUCAACCAAAGGCCGUCGAGGCAGCCCCGGAAGCGGCGACAAACAUCACGCCAGCGGUAGUGAAAACCGAUACCACCGAGAACAAAUCGGACUUCCGGUUUCCAUGAGCACGAUUCUCAAAGAAACAACCUAGAUCUUAAACUACCCUAGCGCUAGUACCCUAAAGUACACACUCAAAGUCAUCUAGUUGUUAACUAGAGUUAUCCCAGUAUUUAAUUAUUUUUAGCUGAAAACGUGUAAAUAUUGCGAAGUGAAAAAGUAGAAAAUCUAGACCUAAGUGAAUUUGAAGUUUUCGGUUUGGCAACAAUACUCGUUUUCAUUGUUUUCCAGUGAUAAUUGUGAUUCCGCGCUAAUCGAACUCAUGAUCGCCAUCCAUUCAUCCGUUAUCUCGUAAGAAUGCUUUAUUUCCGUUAUGCUCACGUGAAUUAGGUUUUAAGUUAUGAAAAUAGAUAAUUGAACCAUUGUCCAUUUUAA